CCUAACGCAUCAGGACACUGUACUAUCAGAUUCGCAUGUUCGUGUGACCGUGAAGACCGCGGAGGAAUACUUUUGAUGACGCAAAUGCCGUAAAAUUUCAUCCUUUCCGUCGAACUGACCGUGAGUGGAACAUGUCGAACUCGUAUGAAAGAAGAGAAGAUUGGCCUGCUGAUCAGGAAGGCAAGAGAAAUGGCCCCACUGAAGAAGUUAGCGAAUACAAUGGACCUCCAGGCAUGGACCCUGAUGGCAUCAUUGAAUCCAACUGGGAUGAGGUGGUCGACAGUUUUGAUGCCAUGGACCUGAAGGAGCCCCUGCUCCGUGGUAUCUAUGCCUAUGGUUUUGAAAAGCCGUCUGCUAUCCAGCAGCGUGCUAUCAUGCCAUGUGUGAAGAAACACGAUGUCAUUGCCCAGGCUCAGUCUGGUACUGGUAAGACUGCCACAUUCUCCAUUUCCAUCCUGCAGCAAAUUGACACCUCCAUCCGUGAGUGCCAGGCUCUGAUCCUGGCUCCCACUCGUGAGUUGGCUCAACAGAUCCAGAAGGUAGUCAUCGCCCUUGGUGACUUCAUGAAUGCUCAGUGUCAUGCUUGCAUUGGUGGAACCAAUGUGCGCGAGGAUAUGCGCAAGUUGGAGAUGGGAGUUCAUGUUGUCGUGGGCACCCCUGGCCGUGUCUUUGACAUGAUCAACCGCAGGGCUCUGAGGACAAGCAGCAUCAAAAUCUUUGUUUUGGAUGAGGCUGAUGAAAUGCUUUCCAGAGGAUUCAAAGAUCAAAUCCACGAUGUGUUUAGAACAUUGAACACUGAGGUCCAGGUGAUCCUGUUGUCUGCUACCAUGCCAUCAGAUGUGCUGGAAGUUACCUCAUGCUUCAUGAGGAAACCUAUCCGUAUCCUUGUGAAAAAGGAGGAACUUACCCUUGAAGGUAUCAAACAGUUCUUCAUCAAUGUGGAGAAAGAAGAUUGGAAGAUGGAUACCCUGUGUGAUCUGUACGACACACUCAGCAUCACUCAGGCUGUCAUCUUCUGCAACACCCGGCGUAAGGUCGAUUGGCUGACUGAGAACAUGCACAAGCGUGACUUCACUGUUUCUGCCAUGCAUGGUGACAUGGAGCAACGUGAGCGUGAUGUUAUUAUGCGUCAGUUCCGCACAGGCUCUAGCCGUGUGCUUAUCACCACUGACCUCCUGGCUCGUGGUAUUGAUGUCCAGCAGGUUUCCCUAGUUAUUAACUAUGAUCUGCCCUCCAACCGGGAGAACUACAUCCACAGGAUUGGUCGUGGUGGCCGAUUCGGUCGUAAGGGUGUGGCAAUUAACUUUGUGACAGAGGAUGAUAAGCGUACUCUCAAGGACAUUGAGCAGUUCUACAACACCAGCAUUGUUGAAAUGCCGAUGAAUGUCGCCGACCUGAUCUAAGUGGCAUAUUUCAUCAGUCCACCUGUGGGGGAAGAAUUUUUUGGAAAUAAAGAUCAAAAUUUCAACGAUGAAGUUCACCAAACAGUGGUUUUAUUUGAGGCGAUACAUCCUGAGCACUACCUGCUUGCCCCUUGUCACUAAUUUUUAAACAUAAUUUAUUGAGUAAAUGCCCUGUUCUGUUUCCCUUUUUGAAUCUUUAAAAUUUUAUUUGUUUAUUUUUUAUGAUCUUGUAUUUUUUGAAACUUUUGGUUUUAUAUUUGAUAUACAUUUCUGAAUUGAUCUGUAUGGGUAGACCGUUUUACUAAUAAAUUGCCAAAUUGGACAUUGGA